AUGUCGACUCCCGAGUCUCAACGGCAGACCGUCGGGUCAGAAGAUCAGUCGCAGCAUGCAAAUCCCCGGACUUUACUGCCUGCGGAAUUCCAAGGCCGAACGACGAAGACGUCAACACCAGCAACCUCGGAGCCCGUUUGCAAUGUUUCACACUCGCACCCUUACAACAAUACAAUAGCCUCUGUUUGGGCUUCGUACAAUGGAGCGCAUUAUGCCCCCAGAAGCAAUCCAUUCCCUCCGUUAUAUGUACAUACCGACCUGCCUCCCAACCAUCGACCGGUGACUCCAUUGAACGACAAUGAUUCGUCUCUACGCCAGAGUCUUUCCUCGACCAGCCUCUCUCGGCGAACUCCUAGCUAUCCUGUGAGGGUGAAUACCAUGUCCAGCACCGAAUCGCUUUCUCCUUCGUCAAUGCGAUCGUCGACUGUGUCUUCUCCUGCGCUAGCUGCGAUGGCUGACAUCACUCCCUUGCCGUCGCCGAUCGGAUAUCUCAGCCCGGCCUCGUGGCGUUCUGGAGGCCGCACAAUCUCGUCGCAUUCUCUUUCGCGAACGUCGUCCACAUUGUCGCGCAGUGGUUCGUUCUUGAAUUUACGCCUAAGCGAUUCCACUCAUUUGCUCCGAACGGCAUCAUCCAGGUCGCGGUCGAGGAGAUAUAGUAGUACUCGACUCACUGGUAGUGAGGUGCGAGAAAGCGGGUUGGGAGGACAUGAAGAGGUCCGUGGGCAUUCGCGGAAUCGCAGUUUGAGCGAACACAUCCCUAAGAGAGGACCCGCAUCGCUUCAAAGACCUGACGGCUUACCACGCACCGGCCAUCCCUCCGAUCUCUCGUCGUCGUCUUCCGCAGAUUCGACAACUGACCCAAAUCGCUUGCAUCGUGAGCAAUAUCUUGGAGAAAAGCGAGGUUUGGCACUGCCUACAGCCCGACCGCCGACGCCGCCUCGCUCAACUCGCAACGGAGAUGAAGAAGCAGACUCGAAGCCCAUCAUCCAAAGUGAUGCAUCCGAUGGCUCUCAGAAUGAGACAUACUUUGUACGAUCUAUUCGUACGAAGCAGCCGAGGAAAUACAGAAAGCUUCGACAGUUGGGCCAGGGAACAUUUAGUCAAGUCAGUCUUGCCGUGAGGAUACCGGACGAUGCGCCAAUGAAGGAUGGACAUGUUCGGAUGCCCAGUUUGAUGUCCCAAAAGUUGGUUGCCGUCAAGAUUAUAGAGUACGGGCCGGCUGGGGGAGCAGACGAGGAGCGCGUUGAAGUGUCUCUAAAGCGCGAGGUCGAUAUCUUAAAAUCGGUCAAUCAUCCGUCAUUGGUUCAGUUGAAAGCAUUCGGUAGCGAUGACAAGCGAGCAUUGCUAGUUUUGGAUUAUUGUCCUGGAGGAGAUCUGUUCGAUUUUGCAACAUCAGAUAUGAAGUCUCUUAUGACUCCGCCGUUGAUUAGGCGAAUGUUUGCCGAAAUGGUUGGGGCAGUACGCUAUCUGCAUGCCAACUUCAUUGUCCACCGUGACAUCAAACUUGAGAACGUUUUGGUCAAUUUGCCGCCUUCAGCCAUGGGGCAAAUAUCCGAUUGGCGCACAUAUGAUCGCGCGGUGAUAACCAUAAGUGAUUUGGGUCUGUCCCGCAGGAUUCCGGAGCCACCUGAAAGUCCUCUUCUUCAUACCCGUUGUGGUAGUGAAGAUUAUGCGGCACCAGAGAUUCUCAUGGGUCAGCCGUACGAUGGACGUUCCACGGACGCAUGGGCGUUGGGAGUGUUGCUGUACGCCAUGAUGGAGAACCGGUUACCCUUUGACGCUUUGCCAGGCACCCGUGGGGACCCAGCGAAACUGCGCGCCCGAACACCUCAUCGAAUCGCACGGUGUGAAUGGUCAUGGUAUCGGUACGCCAACGAAGAUGAGGAAUGGGAUCCCGUCAAGGGCGCGGGACUUGAGGGUGCGCGGGACUGUGUAGAGGGAUUGUUGAAACGACACUCGCGACGAAAAAGCUUGGAUCAAAUCGCAAAACAUCCUUUUGUCAGUGAAGCUCUUGAUUUGGAAGGCGAAUUGAAGCGAGGAGACAAAGAACGCGCGCGGAUUGGCUGGUCCGGCCGAUGUCGCACUUUUGCGCUGAGCUCGGAGAUGGACCUCGUUUCCCCGGAUAGAACCACCUCCUCCAAAAUCAGCUUCAGUCAUUCACCGCCGACAUUUGUGAAUUCUUUCUACAACCAAUAUUCUAUUGAGUGGGCAAAAAUGUUUUUGUCACAAACUAGAGGGCGGUUGCCCUCGGCUCUGAAGACCUUUCAGAAUACUCAAUUCGCUUCACGCUCGCUCUCGACUACCCUCCCUCGCCGAAGUGACGAUGAAGGCCUCAACAAGGUCUCCAGAGCCAUCACACAGCCCAUCUCCCAAGGCGCUUCGCAAGCCAUGCUGUACGCCACAGGACUAUCAGAAGCCGAUAUGAACAAAGCCCAAGUGGGAAUCUCAUCGGUGUGGUUCACCGGUAAUCCGUGCAACAUGCAUCUCCUCGAGCUCAACCACCUCGUCAAAAAGGGUGUCGAGAAAGCGGGCUUGAUCGGAUAUCAGUUCAACACAGUUGGUGUCAGUGAUGGAAUUAGUAUGGGUACCAAGGGAAUGCGCUUCUCGCUCCAGAGCCGAGAUCUUAUCGCCGAUUCGAUCGAGACUGUCAUGGGAGGCCAAUGGUACGAUGCUAACAUUAGCAUCCCCGGUUGCGACAAGAAUAUGCCCGGUGUCAUGAUGGCUAUGGGCCGAGUCAACAGACCUAGUUUGAUGGUUUACGGUGGUUCUAUCAAGGCCGGUUGCGCUGCGACGCAGAACAAUGCAGAUAUUGAUAUUGUGUCUGCGUUCCAGGCUUACGGUCAGUUUUUGUCGGGUGAGUUCACUGAGAAGGAGCGCUUCGAUGUUAUUCGUCAUGCUUGCCCCGGUCAGGGUGCUUGCGGUGGUAUGUAUACUGCCAACACUUUGGCUAGCUCUAUUGAGAUUAUGGGUAUGACAUUGCCCGGCUCUUCAUCCAACCCAGCCGACUCCAAGGUCAAGCAGCUCGAAUGUUUGGCUGCCGGUGAAGCCAUCAAAACUCUACUGAAGGAGGACAUCCGCCCGUCAGACAUUUUGACACGCCAGGCAUUCGAGAACGCCAUGAUUCUUGUCAACAUUACUGGUGGAUCGACCAACGCUGUUCUUCAUUUGAUCGCCAUUGCAGACUCUGUCGGCAUCAAAUUGACUAUUGACGACUUCCAGGCCGUAUCUGACCGCACCCCCCUCCUUGCCGACCUCAAGCCCUCUGGAAAAUAUGUCUUUAAUGACUUGUACCAGGUCGGAGGAACCCCGUCUUUGAUCAAGUUCUUGAUCAAGGAAGGAUUGAUUGACGGAAGUGGAAUUACUGUUACUGGAAAGACACUCGCCGAGAACGUCAAGGACGUCCCUGACUUCCCCGAGGACCAGAAGAUCAUCCGUCCUUUGUCGAACCCAAUCAAGAACACCGGCCACAUUCAGAUCUUGAGAGGCAGUCUUGCGCCCGAGGGUUGUGUUGGUAAGAUUACUGGAAAGGAGGGAACGAUCUUCAAGGGCAAGGCUCGUGUCUUUGAUGAUGAGGAUGACUUUGUUGCUGCGCUCGAGCGCAAGGAGAUUAAGCAGGAGGACAAGACUGUUGUUGUUAUUCGCUACUGUGGCCCCAAGGGCGGUCCAGGCAUGCCCGAAAUGUUGAAACCCUCCUCCGCCCUCAUGGGCGCCGGACUCGGUAAGUCCUGCGCUCUCAUCACAGACGGCCGCUUCUCUGGUGGUUCUCACGGAUUCCUGAUCGGUCACAUUGUCCCCGAGGCCGCCGUCGGCGGACCCAUCGGCCUCGUCAAGGAUGGCGACGACAUCACCAUUGACGCUGAGAGCCGUGUUCUAGAUUUGCAUGUCGAGGAGAGCGAGCUGGCCUCGCGUCGCAAGCAAUGGGAAGCGGACCGCGCGGCUGGCAAGUUACCUGCUACCGGAUUGACUAUGCGGGGAACUCUAGGAAAAUAUGCCAAACUUGUCAGCGAUGCCAGCCACGGUUGUGUCACCGAUGCAUUGUAA